UCUAUUGGUAUGGUCGGUGUGUGUGGACUUCGCAAUGGCGCUCUACAUUCGGCGCUUGCGUUCCCCGAUCUUCUCCAAAACGAAACUCUUCCUCCUCCAAAACCAUAUCACCAUACCCUGUCUCUAUGAUUUCCGUCUCUUCUCAGCUUCUCCUCCCCGUCACUCUAACCCUAACCCUCGAACCCGGUCCCUUACUCCCCUCGAGAAACAAUUCGAGACAUGGGUCUCCCGUCUCAGCCCGGGCUUCACCUCCGCUGACGUCGACGCCGCCCUCCGCGAACAAUCCGACCCCGACCUCGCCCUCGACGUCUUCCGAUGGACUUCACUCCAACCCGGAUAUCGCCACUCCCCCUCCACCUACCACACUAUGCUGGACAUAUCCGUAUCCUCCCGCCGCCUCUCCACUGCGGAAUCCCUAAUCUCUGACGUCCUCUCUGGUGCCUGCCCCCCCGAUCUCCCCCUCAUCAACUCCGCCAUUCGCUUCUGCUGCUCCCACCGCCGCCUCUUCUCCCGCGCCUUCGACCUAUACAGGCUCAUGCUCCGCCCCUCCGCCGCAUGCCGCCCCUCCCUUGAGACCUUCUCACUCCUCCUUGGGGUCCUCCUGAAUCGCUUCGGCAAGCCCCCUAUCUGCUACAUCUACCUCCGUUCUGUUCGUUCACUCGUGCGCCAGAUGAAGACUGCCGGAAUAAUUCCCGACACUUAUACUCUCAAUCUCAUCAUCAAGGCCUACGCCAUUUGCUUGGAUAUGGAUGAAUCAAUGCGGGUUUUCCGCGAGAUGGAGCUUUAUGAAUGUGAGCCCAAUGAAUACACUUAUGGGUAUAUUACGAAGGGGUUUUGCGAGAAGGGACUGGUUGAUCGGGGAUUUGGCUCUUUUACUGAGAUGAGGGAUAAAGGUUUUGUACCAACGAGCAGCGUCUACAUGGCUUUGAUUUGCAGUCUAGCUAUGCAGGAGAGGUUUGAUGAAAGCAUAAGGGUUUUGUUUGAUAUGUUGGAGAAUUCGUUGCGGCCAGACGUUUUGACAUAUAGGACGGUUUUGGAAGGGAUGUGCAGGGGAGGGAGAACAGAGGAAGCGUUCAAACUUUUGGAGGAGCUAGGGGGGAUUACCAGAGGUAUGGAUCGGAGGGUGUAUUCUGAUUUGUUGGAUGGAAUGCAUUGGCUCUGUAAUCCACAGGAUUAAUGCUCUUGGUUUGAAGGUUCAUCUGGAUUGGCCGGAGCUGUGAUUUGGCUUGUGUUUGAUCUUUGAAGUGACUUUUGGUUGAUCAUGGAGGAGAUGAAAAUGAAAAAUUUGUAGUCAUGCAGAAUGCUAGGAUGAAGAUACCACUGGAGGGACAUUGCAUCUGUACAGAGGAAGGCUUUCGUUGACAUAUGCAUAUAUUAUACCAAUCAAGAAUAGCUUAUUGAUGGAUAUCAAUUGAUAUUUCGAGUUUUGGCUUAAGAGAAGCUUAUUUGUAAUCAUGAUUACUAUCUUGAGUUUGGCAUGAGUUUUGGUUGCUGCAGCGCAUAAUCAUAAACAACGUAUAAGCAGCUGGAAGCCUGGAAGGAAACAAGACAUGACUUUCUUCAUAAUUCUUUAGAAGAUUUUGAUAUUGCCUAUUGGAGCUGACUCUUUAUUGGGUCUUAUUAAUGGAGAAAAUUUUUCGAGGUGAUGCUUGUGAUGAGGAAAUCUACGCUCACCAUGGCUUUUUAUUCAUUCUUGAGCAAUUUUUUCAACUCUUAAGCAGGAGAUAAGUUUAUUUUGCUGAGUAAGACUAUCAUUUAGGUCUAUAAGAAAAUUGCAAAUGCAUUCAUGUAAAGUGGAGUGCUCUUCUACCUUUGGAUGUAGAUGGUGUACAGUAGCAUCAUUAGGAACUUGACUACUUGAGGACAUUUGUUACAUUCCAGUACUUAGGAAGGGAAAAUAUAAGGAUUAUUCCGUCGGUUCAAUGAAUUAGAGCUGCCUAGAUUGACGCAAAGUUUGAAAAAUUGUAGGCAACUCCUAGUUGUUACUCCCAUCGAUGCUAAUCUAUCUGAAUAUUGGUUUCUAUUUAUAACCAACCACCUCUUAUAUGCCGGAUGUGCAAUUUUAGGUCAGUGAGUGAAUGUUUUUUUAUUGUAUAUUUUAUUUCCUUAAGUCAUAUGAGAUCCAGUAAUCUAAUUUGGUAUUUGACA